CCAAUCAGUGUUGAGCUUUCGGUCAGAGCUGACGACCUCCCUCAAACAGAGGAGCUACUACACAGCAAAACAGCGAAACAGCAACACAGAAAAGUGCGGCUGACUGAACGAAGCUGAACGGGUGUGAAGUGCGGUGCCGUGCAGCUACAAAUUAAAGUUAUCAAACAUAUGCACUCGUCUAUGUUUGUUUGGGACCACGAUUACGAUGCGUCUGGUGUUCAGUGAAUUUUGAUUUUUGCCAGGAGCCAUCAUCCAUCGACUGAUCGUCAUGACUUGGUCAUGUUUUCAAUGAAUUGAAUUGAAUUGAAUUGUUGUUAAAAACACAACGAUUUUGCUUUCAGAACAGUUACCCUUUUUUUCAAUUAUUUUUUUUAUUGGUUUUGCUAAUUGCUCGGUGCUUUUUCUUUGUGAAUUCGGGAAUACUUGCUCCUGUUUUUGUUGUUGCCGCACCCAGACGGGAAUAAUAAAACCAAAAAUACAAAAAAUAAUAAAAAGAAACACAUUUCUUGUAUGCAAAUUAAAUCAUUUGCUUAUUGUGCAGUCCAAAAGAAUAUUUUUCGCCCCUUGCAAGUGUAAAAAACAAAACAAAACACAAAUAAUAAUAAUAAUAAUAAUCACAAAGAAAGAUUCGAAAUUGAACCUGUUCUGUUGUAGACUCGCACUGGGAGUGGUGGAGGAAUAAGCUGAGGGGCCGUGGGGCAUCUGGAGAUUGAGCUGAUUGAAACGCUGCGUCAUGUUGUUGUUGCCGCCGCUGCCAUCGGAAACAUGUCCAGCAACAACAGGAAUGGCAUCAGCAACCAACACUGCAAGCAACAGCGGAAACUAAUUUGCAAGAAUCAUAAAAACAAACUCAGCAUCACGAGACAAUAAAAGCAAAACAAAGUAGAACUCUAUUAAGCGGUUAUAUGACCACCAGAUCAAAGUGGAACAAGAUCAGACCAACAGCCGCAGCCGCAGCAGCAGCAGCAGCAGCAGCGGACACAAAAGGCAAACUAGCUGGAAAAUUGCUGCAUUUUUUUGGUUCACACUAAAAACAAGAAACAAACAAGAGAAGAACAACAACAACCAAACACAAGCAGAACGCACACAAGUGUCUCCAUUUUCGUAUGCGAAAAAACCUUUCUGUGAUAUUCCAAGACCCAAAGAUGGCAUCGUUAACCUUGCACUUGAUAGUGAUAACUGUACUGGCGGCGGCGAUGAUGACAACGGUGACUGCCUCAGCGGCAACAGCAGCAACGCGGCAGCGGAGCAGAGGAGUGUCGGCAGAGGUGAGAGGAGGCGAACGAGAGGGAGAGUCGGCAGCAUCCACGACAAGCACCGAAGUGCCAACGCUGCGGGCGCCCCGACAGCGCCGUCCACCCACCACGCAAUCGAUUGAGAUCCCGUUGCUAUCCAGUCGCAGUCGCAGUCGGAAUCUCAGCCGCAGCAGCACCAGCACCACCACCACCACCACGCCGGUGACACAAACUGCAGAGAAGAAGCUGCAUCAGCAGGAGCAGCAGCGUCGCCGCUUCUCUACCACAACGACAACUGCUGCUCCGGCAACAGUCGCUCCUCCUGCGCGGCCUCUGCGGGAAAGGGGAAGCGUGCGAGGCGCUCGUCAGCCCCGCGACACGCCUGCGCUGAGCAGCGAAUUCGGAGGCAGCAACAGCAACAGUAUCAGCCGCAGUUGGGGCCAGCCUCUGCCGCAAGCUCUGCCCACCCACUCCGCCCUUCCUGCUGACCAUUUCGCCUACAUAUCUUCAAAUUUCACAUCAACAUCCAGUUUGGCUUCCCGCAGCGGCGGCGGCGCAUUAAAAACGCCGCGCAUGAUCCACAGAUUGGUGGCUGGACACAUACAAAAUGCACAGGGACAUUCCACCUACGAGGUGUCGGCGGUGAGUGCCAACAGCUCGCACUCGGCCUCCACGUACCAGCCAACAACGACAACGACAGCCAGAUCCACAGCGACAGCAACAGCAACAGCAACAGCCACGUCAAGGCAACCGUCAGUGUUGCGGGGCAAGGGCAAGGGCAAGGCAAGCAGCAGCUAUCGUCUGGCCAAGCCAUCACCAUCGCCACAACCAUCGGCAGCAUCAGCUGCACCUUAUGUCAACGAUGACAACGACGAUGACGAGGCCUUGCUGAAUGAGGCUGAAGAUGACAGCUUUGACAACUGGGACAACGGGAUACUGCGGCUGAGUGCGGGAUCGGGGAAGGAGGCGGAGGCACCUUCGAAGAAGCCGUUCAAGGAGGACGCCAAAAAGACGCUGGCCGACCAGGUGCGGGAUGGCAAGUACGGGCUGAUCGAGAAGGAGCUCUUCCGGCGCAUACCCAAGCGGCCGGGGGUGCUCAGCUAUGCACGCAACUCGGAGGUGCCGCUGGACAACGAACGCAACUACGGGGGCCUCAACGAGCAGGACAUCUGGCUGGCCGAGGACCAUCUGCUCGUGAUUAAGGGCGGCAGCCUCAAUGAGGAUGAGGAUGAGGGCGGCGGCCAAUGGCCGGCCAUCGACGACUAUGAUGCGCCCCCGCGGCAAAUCAAGCUGCCGGCUAAUCCAGCGGUGCCGCCUCCCUUUCCCGUGCAGCUCGAGCCGCACGGGCCGCUGCAGCUUAUCCGAGAUAAUCAACUCGAGAUCCUCCAUUCGCCGCCUGGCAAUGCAACGCUAUCCGCUGACACGUCCAAGCAGACGCCCGACUCGGGCCACGCUCCCGCCCCGGCCCACGCGUCGCAUCCUGCUGCCCGGGCGGGAGCGGCAACAGCGUCUAAGGCAGCUGCCGCAGCGCCUCCCUACGUCUAUCCGGCACCCUAUGCCCCGUGGCUGCUCUACCCCAACGAGACGACCCCGGGCAAUGGCCUGCUGAGAUCCACGCCCCCGCUGCUGGGUCCCUGGCUGAUCAACGGGCUGCACGGGAAUGGCUCGCUGCCGGGCAAUGCGGCGGCCCUUCCUGUCAAUGGCAGCGACUUUGACGAGGACGAUCCCUCGCUCUACUAUCCGCCGGCCUAUAGCUUUGUGUACAAAAGCAAUUACUCGAAUCCGGUGCCGCCGGGUCCGCUGGUACCUGGCAUCGUCCUGCCGCCGCCGCCGGAUCACUUUAGCCGCCUGGACAGCCACUCAGCCGGCACCACCACUCGCAGACCACACCACACAACAAGCAGCAGCAGCGCCACCACGAGCAGCACAACGACUACAACUACCAGCAGCACCACCAGCACCACCACACCACGUCCAGCAACGUCCCCGCUGCCGCUUAGGACAUCGUACAAGCCCAAGUAUAAUGCCAUCAGCUACCUGCCGCCUCCCCCUCGCCAGCACCAACAACAGCAGCAGCAGCAGCAGCAGCAGCAGCAACACCACCACUCUGCUCCCAAGUACGUUGAGCGGGUGCCGGUGCCCGUGGCGGUGCCCAUACCCAUCUAUCCCAUCAACUACACGCCCCGGCCCCAGGCACAGCUGGUGUUCGUGCCCAGCUCCACGGAGGGCAAGUCCCAGGAGGCGGAUCCGCCGCUGUCCAAGUCGAAUCCCAUCUACUACGAGUACUUCGAAGCGAAGCGACAGCCGGGCUCCAUCAAGUCCAAUGUCAUCGAGGACUUCCUGCCCACCAAGCCACCGAAGCGCCAUCACCUGCACCAUCAUCUGCACUACAAGGCAUCGGCCAGUCCGACCAACGGUGUCACGGAUGUCGUGAACAUCACUCCAAAGCCGCGCAACGCCCAGCUCCAGCUGAGUGCGGAGUACGACGCCGCUCUGGGCCAGCUGCUGAGGAGCAAUCUCAUAUCGGCAGCGCCGGCAACAGCCACAGGAGCAGCCACUGGAUCGGGCCGCUUCCAUCCGCCAGACUUUGACAAGCAGCCCUUCCUGCCCAUGGUGAACUACAGUGCGGAUGAGCAGGAUCAAAAUGCCUUCAAGGCCAUCGUAUAUCAGCCUACUUCGUCGCGCCAGCGACAGCUGAGAGUGGGAAAGCAGCAGCAACAGCAGCAGCUUCAGCAGCAACAGCAGCAACAGCUGCAGUUGGACUCCACGGAGGACUCCUAUCUACCCGAGCGACAGCUGAGAGUGGGCAAGCAGCAGCAGCAACAGCAGCAACAGCAGCAGCAGCAGAUCUACGAGCCCCAAAUCUUCAGCACUCCAGGGCCAGGACCACACUACGUGGACGAUCAGGUCAGGGGAGGAGUCCACCUGCGACCACCUGCACCUGUGCAGACAGGCGCAUUGCAAUUCUGGCAGCGUCCGCCGCCGCAGUUCAAGCGCGUGCGACAAGGCGGCAAGCAUCAGCAUCCUCAUCAGCAUCCUCAUCCGCAUCCACACCUUCACCCUUAUCCGCCUUACUUUGUGCCCAGCUAUCCAAGUGCCCCGGCCGGCGAGCCUCUGUACCGUCUGGUGCCCGUGGCCCAGCACAAGCACUGGCGCAGCAAGCCUCUGAAUCCUCCCCAGCAUACACAGCAGAGCCAGCAGCAGUCGCAGCCCAUUCAGGUGCAUCCCCAGGCGCAGUCCUAUCCGGACAGGGCCGUCAACAUUGGCCACAGCCUGGCCGGUGACAUUUUGGUCAACUACAACACCAACAACCAGUUCAACUCCCAGGCGGAGCUAGUGCCACAGGCUCAGUUGGCAGCGCCACCGCCACAGCCACCGCCCCUGUCCUACCAGGCCCAGAGUGGCCAGGGUCAAGGUGGUCCGCUCUGGUCGGAGCGAGAGAAGCCUGCGCGACAGCCGCGUUCCCAGUUUACGGAGCAACAGCAGCAGCAGCAGCAGCAGUAGAAGAUGGAGAAGAAGAUGGUUUCUAUGUCAUUGAUAAGCGUAAUGUCAAAAUGUGAUCCACAACUAGGCCUAGCAUGUCCCAAAAAUUCAAUUGGAGUAUUGCUGAUGGUGGGUGAUGCUGCCUCAUGCCUCAUUUUCGCUUCUUUUGCAAGUAUUCAAAGUUCUCCAUUCCGACCAAAGUAUUUCUGUGGCACAUGGAUAAGUAGGGAACAGAUAUUCCUUCCACUGCAACCACAACAGCACACCCGGAUGAGGCUCUCUCAUUGGGGGAGAUGCACAAAUAGAAAUUGGGAUCUGUAUGAAUUAAAUUGAUUUCUUUCCUUUGUAACUUUUUACACUGCUUCCCCGAGUUCUUUUCUACCAAUUAUAAAUAAUUAUAUUAUGUAGAGCUGGUCAUUUAAGAUAAAUUAUAACUUGAGGCCUGUCGUCAUGUUCACUCGGCUCAUUUGUGAACGAUGUUUGGAGUGGAGUGGUGGACCCAGUGAUCCAUCCAAACUGGAUGUGUGCUUCAAGGCUUUUAGCGAAACUUAAUAAAUACUAUCUAUAUAUAAAAAUGUGUUAUAUAGACAUAUGUAUAACAAUAUGCAAUAUAUAUAUUCGUAAACCUAUGUACAUAACGAUGAAGUGUAUGCAAAAUAAUCGGUGGCCGUUAUUCGUGCGUUACACAAAACUUAGUUUAGUGGAGAAUGAAAAGGAUAAUGGACGUCAUUGUUUGAUUUUCCUUUGCCUAGCCUUAAUUUUCUGUUCACACACACACCCACACACAUGCUCUACCAUAUACCAUAUAUAUGUACUAUUUAUUGUUUUCCUUUGAAUGUUUCCAAAAUCAAUGCGAAAUUUUGUAUAAAAGCCAUAACAACUAAGGUCACAGUAAGUUAAUAGCAGCGCUGCAGUAAUCACGCUAUGCAACUAAUAA